AUGCCACUUUUCUCUUCCUAUCGACGCUCCCGCCAGCCUGAGGACUCAUUACAAUUGAGCUUGCCACCUACCCAGGCUUCCUCUUCUUCGAGUCUUACGACCUAUGUACAGGAUCCAAUGCCACCGGCAGAGAUUCAAAUUCCUACCUCUGCAGAAGUCACGAUGACAUGGAAUACUGACGCACUGAACGAGGGCCAGCAAAUCACGAUAUCCAUGGGACAGGGGCAAGAAGAACAAUUAGUUCUCGAGAACACUGUUGAUGAGCCACCUUCGCCCAUCGAACCACCCCCUGAUUAUGACGUCGCUCGUAUACCUACAUAUCCUGUCGUGUAUACCUUCUCGAGCUUAGGGCCCAGCAGUAGCGCUAUGAUUCUGGUGCCAACACAGGAUUCUCCGGACACCCGACCAAUCUACCACAUCUCGGUUGGCCAUGACCCUUUCUUUCCCAUGUCUUUCAUAACAUCUGUAGUGAGAGGUGGACACGCAGAAGGUGAUUAUGUAGGCGGAUUUAAGACGAUUCAAGCUUAUCGAAUGAUUGGUACCAAUAGGUGGUUGCCGACACCUGCGUCGGAGACUGUAACAAUACGGGGAUUUGAGUAUCCAAUGCCCGGCCUGUUUGUCAAAAACAAUAAGAAUGGCCUCAAACAUUUCCAAUGGGGCAACAAAUUGAAAGAACAAUAUCGCCUAACAUGGGCCUGCCCCGCUUUUCCUGGUGCUCGUGUGUAUACAUGCUAUAAGCAGGGCCAUGAAACCCAACCUCUCGCAAAAUUUACUCCGACGAACGAGCUACUGCGCAGGAAUACACCCUUCCCAGAGGCUAAAUUGGAAAUUAUGCCAAUCGGCCAUGGUCUGUUUGAUGAUAUCUUGAUUUCCGUGCUAUUGUUAGAGCGAAUGCGACGUGUAACGUAUAAUUCAAUGGGAAGUUGA